CUCCCCUCGCCUGUAAUUCCUUCUUCUGCCACUUAAAAAGCUAAGUAGUCCUGAAUAAAUGAGUAAAGACGAACUAUAAAUAUCAGAGAACACAAAUGGGAAAGGGGAGACAAAUGAGAAAGAUGGGUUCUUGGAUCUGGGUUUUUGACUGGUAGAUUAGGGUGGUCUAGUGUGCUUUUUAUGCUCGAACCCAUAUUCUCCGUUUUUCUUACGAGUUUCUCUUAAUGUUAUCAUUAAGUAUUAAAGUAAGAACAGUCCACCUCAACUAGAUCUUCAAUGGUUCUGUUGCUUUUGUAGUUCUGUUUGUGCUUGCUCACCCAAAAGCUGAGAUAUUUCUAUCCCUCAACUUAUAGCAUCCAUGGUUGUACCUCCACAAAACCCAUAAUCAGCUGUGGUCUGUGGCUGCUACUGCUUUCUCAUUCUUCUAGUCCACAGUAAUGGGUGACCCUCAGAGCCGAAUUGAAGAAGUAUCUCCUGCUGAGUUCCCCCUUCUUGUUACAGAGAAUACCCAAGAAGAGAAGGAAACCCAUCUCGAUCGAAUUCUCCAUCGUCUAGAUAUCUUCCUCUGUUUCUUUGGCUUCCAUCAGUCCUCUCCACUGGGCUUUCUCUUAUCUUGGGCUGUAUUUCUUCUCCUUGGUAUUGCAGUCCCAGUUGUGAUACUUAGGCUCUCAAGUUGUUCCAACUGCGAAAAGUAUCAGAUUUACAACUUCGAGCUCGACAUCAUCGUCUCUCAGUCUUGUCUUGCUGCCAUUUCACUUGGUUGUGUUUCUCACAAUCUUCGUAAGUAUGGUAUUCGGAAUUUCCUCUUUGUUGAUCGGUUUCAUGGCCAAAUGCUCAGAUUCCGCAAGGAGUACAUCGAGAAGAUCGAGGGCUUCUUCCGCUUGCUCAUUUACUGGAUGUUGCCCUGCUUACUUCUGAAGACUGUGCAUGAGGUGAUUCGUAUUAUAUAUGUGUAUCGUGAUUCCUGGUGGCAAUCUGUUGCUAUGAUACUAGCCAUGGUUUUUUCAUGGGCUUAUUUGACCACAAUCUCUCUAUCGGCUUGCCUAUUGUUCAAUUUGGUGUGCAAUUUGCAAGUUAUCCACUUGGACAAUUAUGGCAAGCUCUUGGAAGGGGAUUCUGAUGUUUCAAUCUUCAUCGAGGAGCACCUUCGUUUAAGGCAUCAUCUCUCUAAAAUAAGCCAUAGGUUCCGGAUUUUUCUUCUUCUAGCAUGCUUAAUCGUGACUGCAAGUGAAAUUGUGACUCUCUUCCGGACUACAGGAUCCAGUGGAAUCAUCAAUAUAAUCAACGGGGGGGAUUUUGCAGUCUCCUCAAUUGUUCAGGUUGUUGGAAUAAUUUUUUGCUUGAAUGCAUCUGCCAAGAUAUCCAGUAGAGUUCAUGGUAUCGUUUCGGUUGCAUGUAGAUGGCAUGCUUUAGUAACAUGCAAUUCUACCGAUGCAUCUGAAUCAGGGGUCUCAAAUAGUGUGGGGAACUUGGAGGUCACGAAUUCAUCUGGCUCAUUACGUAUAAAUUACUCUGAAAGUGAUUUGGAGUCAGUAGAUUAUCUUGCACCUCCCAUGAAUACACGACCAGUAUCCCAUUUAUCCACAUACCACAAGAGACAAGCCUUUGUGGCAUAUUUGCAGUCAAAUACUGGUGGAAUCACCAUUUUUGGAUGGAUAAUAGACCGCGCACUUAUCAACACCAUCUUCUUCCUUGAGUUUUCAUUGGUACUUUUUGUACUCGGAAAGACCUUAGUUUUGACUACGAAAUGACUGCCCAAUAGCAACCAUAUCUUUCCUCCCAGAACAUGAUAUCUUGAGGCUGACAAGAAAUAUGAAACCCAGCUCCAGAUCCUGAAAGCUCGAGUCCUGUAAAAAGCCCACCUUUGGGUUUUUUUUCAUAUUCAUGGCAUCUACCAGCAGAAGGUGAGGUACAAGUGCACCAUUUGCUCGUGUUGUUUGGACUUUCAAGUUUGUCCUGGGUAGGUAGCAUGAUCACUUACCUACAAGAUUGCUACACUAUCUGUAAAAGUUUGAGCUUUUAGGCCUUGAAGAUGAUUUAUUCAGAAUUGAAAUAUCUAAAUUCUUUUUUGUUAA